AUGGUUUCUACGAAUGAGCAUCUUGUCGGCGUCACUGGUGAUGAUCAUGAGCGUUUCCUGCUCAGGAUCAAGAACCGUUUUGACCGUGUUGGCUUGGAGCUUCCAACGAUAGAGGUGCGUGCCGAGGGGCUUGCGGUGGAGGCAGAGGCGUACACUUGGAGAUCACCGGCAGCACCCACAGUCUUCACCUCCAUGGGCAACACACUUCUGGCCCUUGCAAACGCUAUGCAUGUGUUACCAAUUACCUGGAAGACCAAGUAUACCAUCCUGCAUGAGACUAAUGCCAUCAUCAAGCCAUGCAGGAUGACUUUACUUUUAGGUUCUGCGGGAUCAGGAAAAAGCACAUUGCUGAAAGCCUUGUCUGGAAAGUUAGAUCGAAGGCUGCAGGUGUCAGGGAGAGUCACCUACAAUGGCCAUGGGAUGGAACAGUUUGUUCCGGAGAGGACAGCAGCAUACAUUAGUCAGGAAGACCUUCACGCCGGGGAGAUGACCGUGAGGGAGACUCUGGCUUUCUCGGCGAGGUGUCUAGGCACUGGUGACCGCCAAGAUUUGCUGAAUGAGCUGACGAGGAGAGAGAAGGAAGCAAAUGUCACACCAGAACAUGACAUAGACAUGUUCAUGAAGGAAUCUGCAAAUGGAGGCGAGAGCAAAAUAGUAAUAAACUAUAUAAUGCAGAUCUUAGGACUACAUAUCUGUGCAGAUACGUUGGUUGGAAAUGAUAUGGCUAGAGGCAUAUCUGGUGGGCAAAGGAAACGUGUCACUAUAGGGGAAAUACUCAUUGGUCCGGCAAGAGCCCUAUUCAUGGAUGAUAUCUCGACUGGGCUUGACAGCUCAACUGCAUUCCAGAUAGUGAAUUUUCUACGGCAAAUGGUUCACAUCCUUGGGGAAACAGCUGUAAUCUCUCUACUUCAACCAUCACAUGAAAUGUAUGACCUUUUUGAUGAUAUCAUCUUCCUCUCAGAAGGACAUAUUGUGUAUCAAGGCCCCAAGGAGAAAGCUGUUGAUUUCUUUGAGUCACUGGGCUUCAUAUGUCCUCACAGAAAAGCUAUUGCUGACUUUUUAUUAGAAGUGACCUCAAGAAAAGAUCAGCAGCAAUACUGGUCAAGGGAAGAUGAACCUUAUCGGUACUUCACAGUGGAACGAUUUUCCGAGGCCUUUCAUACUGGCCAGACCAUUACAAAGGUUCUUGAAGUACCACUAGAGAGGAAUCUGAGCUCUUUAUCUGCUCUAGAAACUUCAAAGUAUGGUGUGAGAAAAAGGAAGUUGGUCAAAGCCAUAUUUUCUAGAGAAUUCCGUCUUUUGAGGAGGAAUCCAUCCGUCUACAUAGUAAAUUGUGUGAAUCUCACGGUGUUAUCAUUCGUCGCAAUGACCGUAUUCUGGCACAAUAAUAUGCGCCAUGACUCAGUGGAUGAUGGUGGGAUAUAUUUGGGGGUUUUAUUCUUCUUUAUGGCCGAAACCAUGUUCAGUAAUAUGUGUGAUCUUGGUGGAACAAUCAUGAAAUUGCCACUUUUCUUCACGCAAAGAGAUGUUUUCUAUCCAGCGUGGGCUUAUACUUUUCCUACAUGGAUUCUUAAGAUUCCUAUUACACUUAUCCAAGUCACAAUCUGGGUUACUAUGACAUACUACCCAAUUGGAUUUGACCGAAAUAUUGGGAGGCUUGCCAAGCACUACUUCUUGCUGCUAGCACUCAGUCAGAUGUCAUCUUCCCUCUUCCGUUUGGUUGCUGGAGUCACAAGAAACAUGUUUGCAGCAAAAAUAUUUGGAACUUUCACAAUGCUUCUUCUUCUGCUCUUAAGCGGAUUUGUAGUUUCAAGCAAAAAUCUAAAUAAGUUUUGGAUGCUUGGCUACUGGAUCUCACCAUUGAUGUAUGCACAGAAUGCCAUUUCAACAAAUGAAUUUACUGCUCACAGCUGGAGUAAAGUACUUCCUGGAUCGUCAGAAUCAUUAGGAGCUAGUGUCUUAGAAUCUCGUGGGCUAUUUUUAGAAACAAAGUGGUAUUGGGUUGGCUUAGGUGCACUGGUUGGAUACACAUUUCUCUUCAACUGCCUCUACACUGUGGCUUUGGCAUGCUUCAAAUCACCUGGUAGAACCUUUUUGUUAGGAGGUCCAAAGAGUUCUGUAAGCAGAAGGGCAACACUUCCAUUUAUGCCACUCUCACUUACCUUUAACGACAUAAGAUAUUCAGUUGACAUGCCAAAGGAAAAAAAAGUGUGUGCUGGGACAGAAGAUCGAUUGGAGAUACUGAAGGGUGUGAGUGGUGCCUUCAGGCCAGGUGUGUUGACUGCAUUGAUGGGCUUCAGUGGUGCUGGCAAGACCACGCUGAUGGAUGUUUUAGCUGGAAGGAAAACUGGAGGCUACACUGAAGGGACAAUAAAUAUCUCUGGUUAUCCAAAGAAGCAAGAAACAUUUUCCCGUGUGUUUGGAUACUGUGAACAGUCAAACAUCCACUCUCCACACUUGACUGUGCUUGAGUCACUUCUGUUUUCUGCAUGGCUUCGAUUACCCUCAGAGAUCGACUCAAUGACAAGAAAGAUGUUUGUUGAGAAUGUGAUGGAGCUUUUGGAGCUUACAUCACUUCAAGAUGCACAUGUUGGACUUGCUGAGGAGAAUGGCCUUUCAAGUGAGCAAAGGAGGAGACUAACCAUUGCAGUGGAGCUUGUUGCUAAUCCUUCUAUCAUUUUCAUGGAUGAACCAACCUCAGGGCUUGAUGCUCGGGGUGCAGCAAUUGUGAUGAGGACUGUCAGGAACCUUGUCGACACCGGUAAAACCAUUGUCUGCACUAUCCACCAGCCAAGUAUUGACAUAUUUGAAUCCUUGGAUGAGCUUUUUCUACUGAACCAAGGAGGGGAGGAAAUAUAUGUUGGUCCAUUAGGAAGCCAUUCUUCUGAGCUUAUCAAAUACUUUGAGGUGAACCCUGGUGUCAAUAGGAUAAAAGAUGGGUAUAACCCUGCAACAUGGAUGUUGGAGGUGACCUCAACUGUCCAGGAGCAGAUGUCAGGGAUUGAUUUUUCUGAAAUAUACAAAAAAUCAGAACUAUAUCAAACGAAACCACAAGAUUUGUUUAAUUCCAUGGGCUCAAUGUACUCUGCCGUUCUAGUGCUCGGCAUUCAGAAUGCGUCUGGUAUAGAAUUUUUUUGA